UCACUCUGAGAACAACUAAUACUCCCUAACUUGGCGGUCUGCUGGUGCAGCUCAUUACCAGGACUGGAGCAUCAUGAUUGUUCUCGUGGACCUGGUGCUGAUGCUCAUCGACCUGACCCUCUCCAUCCUCAGUGCCGUCAUCCAGACUUUCCUCCGGCCGAGGCUGAAGUGCGUAGACGGGGAGCUGUGUCUGAUCACAGGGGCCGGGGGCGCGCUGGGUCGCCUGUUCGCCCUGGAGUUCGCCAAAGAGGGAGCGCACCUGGUGCUGUGGGACUGCAACACGGCUGCCAACGAGCAGACCGCCAAGCUGGCCCGGGAGCUGGGGGUGCAGGUGCACACGUACACGGUGGAUCUGUCCAAGAGGCAGAGCAUCUAUGAGGCGGCGGACAGGGUGAGAGCAGAGGUCGGGGAAGUCGCCAUACUGGUGAACAACGCGGGCGUGGUGGCCGGGCGGAGGCUGUUGGACUGUCCUGACGAGCUUUUGGAGAGGACUCUGCUGGUCAACUGCCACGCGCUGUUUUGGAUGACAAAGGCCUUUCUGCCUCAGAUGAAGUCAAAGAACCAUGGUCACAUUGUAACUGUUGCCAGUGCUCUUGGACUCUUCAGCACUGCCUGUGUAGAGGAUUACUGUGCCAGUAAAUUUGGAGCCGUCGGCUUCCACGAGUCGCUGACGCACGAGUUACGAGCAGAGGACAUGGACGGCAUCAAAACUACAUUAGUCUGCCCUUAUAUUGUUGACACAGGGAUGUUUGCGGGCUGUGAAAUCAGGAAGGAGCUUCGCAGUCUAAUUCCACCCCUGGAGCCCCUCUACACCGUACAGCAGUCAAUGAAAGCCAUUUUAGCCGAACAGCAAAUGAUCUGCAUUCCUCGUCUCAUGUACAUCCCCUUUCUAGCACGAGCAUUGCUCCCCUGGGAGGCAAAUGUGGCGACGUAUCGUUUCAUGGGAGGUGAUAAAUGCAUGUUACCCUUCAUCAAGAAUGUUGAACUGAAGACCUCCAACGGACAUAUCAAAUCCUCCUAACACCUCUCUGUCAGUCUGUCUAAUAACCUUGUUAAAUUAUGGACCAAUGCAGACACCAAAG